CAUUAGCGCGAUUUUGGUUGCCGCGGUUUCCGAAGGCUUGUUGCAGCAUGAAAUGGCGUGGCUGUAAGUGACCCACGACUUGUAGAUGUUCUCCCGCGCCCCGAGUCUUCAGCGAUUCCUGUGAAUGCUCGCCGGACACGAUCCGAGAUGAGCUCCUCGGACGCCUUCAAAAUCCUCGUCGCCACCGAUCUGCAUCUCGGCUUCGAAGCGAAGGACGCCGAGAGAAAACAAGACUCGAUCAGGACGUUCGAGGAGAUACUGCAGAUCGCGACGCAGCAGAACGUCGACUUCAUACUCCUCGGCGGUGACAUGUUCCACGAGAACAGGCCGCCGCGUUGGGUCGAGCACGAGACCUUACGGUUGCUGCGUCAGUACUGUCUGGGCGACAAGCCAGUGCAGUUUGAGAUCCUGAGUGACCAGGCAGAGAACUUUGGCUUCUGCGCUUUCCCCAACGUCAACUACGAGGACGCCAACCUCAACGUCUCGCUGCCUGUGUUCACCAUUCACGGGAAUCAUGACGACCCGACUGGAAGCGAAAACCUCAGCAUCAUCGACGUCCUCGCAACGUCGGGGCUCGUGAACUACUUUGGAAAGGUGACAGACUUGACAAAUGUGCGGCUGUCACCCGUGCUCCUCCGCAAGGGACGGCUGCUCCUGGCGCUCUAUGGCUUGGGAUGGAUCCGAGAUGAGCGACUGCACCGGCUGUUUCGCGAAAGCAAGGUGAAGAUGCUGCGCCCCCGCGAGUGGACCGAGAAGUGGUUCAACCUGCUGGUGCUCCACCAGAACCGGGCCAAGCACGGCCUGACCGACUACAUCCCCGAGGACUUCCUGGACGAGUUCCUCGACCUCGUCGUGUGGGGUCACGAGCACGAGUGCCUUAUCGACCCAGAGUUCAAUGGCAGGUUCCAUGUGACUCAGCCCGGCAGCCCCGUAGCCACAUCGCUGUGCCCGGGUGAGGCGGCUCCCAAGCACGUCGGCAUCCUGGAGAUAACCAUGGCUGACGGCAAGAAGUCUCACAAGCUCACCAAGAUCCCCUUGAAGACUGUGCGGCCCUUUUACAUCAAGACGGUGUCGUUGUUUGACCUCGAGGAGAAGAUUGCAGCCAUGGGAAAACGGGCCAACAUCAAGACCUUUUCAGAGCACGCUCUCGACUUCUGCACACGGCACAUUGAGGACAUGAUUGAGGAGAGCAUUCGGGAUCACCCCAGCGAUGGGCCGCAGCCCAAGCUGCCUCUCAUCCGUCUCCGCGUUGAGCACGGUGCCGAGCACGAGACGUUCAGUUCGCACCUGGUGGCCCGCAUGUUUCCCGAACGCGUGGCCAACCCGCGGGACAUCGUGCUGUUCACCAAGCGGCGUGGCGUCACUAAGAAGAACGACGGCGCACUCGACAUGAACUUCCUGCGCGAGAUUGCCAGCGCCGAGGCGUUGGCCCGGUCGCGCGUCGAAGACCUGGUGCGCGAGUACUUUGAGAAGGUGGACGACUCGAUGCACAUGACCGUCCUCACUGACGAAGCGAUGCAGCAGGCCAUGAACCUCUUUGUGGACAAGGACUGCACCGACGCCAUCAUGGGGGCAGUCAGGAUGCAGGAGACUCGUGCAGUGGAUGCUCUCAAAGAGGUUCCCGAGAGCAAACUGAUCGAAGAGAUAUCCCAGCUCAAGACACGCUACGCCGACCAGCCGGACAUAAGCGCCGAGGAGAUCAAGCGGCGCGUGACACAGGUCUCAAACCGCACCGCGGAGCUCGGUGUUUCCGACGAUGACGACAAUGAAGAGGUCAGCCGGAUUGAAGACGAUGACGACGACGAAGACCUCAAUGGAGCUUCAAGGUCGAAGCGCGGAAGGGGAAGAGGAGCACAGUCUACGAGAAGAGGCCGUGGCAGAGCCAGGGCUGCAUCGUCUUCCGCAAACACGUCGAGAGGUCGAGGGAGGCAGAAGCGAGUCAACCUGUAGCUUUCACUGUGAUAACUUCUUAAGUGCUAGACAACAAGGUGGCAGCGGUUUUGCCAAAAGUUUCCAGGAGCUGAAGCGAGAUGACGGGUGCAGUGCAUGGAAUCUUUUGUUUCGUCCUGCUUUGAAGAAAGUGUGGUACAAAUGGCAGAGGCUUGGAUAUGAGAUGAUGACGGCACCGCUCCCUUUUCACCCGCAGCUGUAUCCUUUUUCUUUUUUUUUUUUUGAAGAAAAGGCUAGUCCAUGUUAGCGUAGUGCUCAUAUGUGUCGGCCAGUGCUUAAAUGCUAGUGCUUAUGUAAGGAACACUUCUUUUGAAAAAAGUUCGUCAGAUACCUGCACUGACCAUGGCUGUACAAAUCAGCUUGUUGAGUACAAAACAACUUGGCCGUUCAAUGUAUAGUCGUGACCUCUAACCAGCAUUGCAUCUCCUGAAACAGGCAUUAAAUGUUAGUGUAACGACACGCCAAGGUGCUCUGCUUGGCCGGUUCAGCAUGCAAUGCUGACUUAGGACGUUUCACCACGACGUCAAGAUGGAGACGUACACGAGUGAACCAAACCUCUGAUGUGUCACAGUAGAGAUAGUUAUUUUUUUACCAAAUCCUUGUGUUUUACAAAGUCAUUUUGCAUUUGCAAGUUUUUGUUAAAGUGCUUACGUGUUAACGUUGCAUUUGUGUGAACUGAUGAUGUGUCUGUCAAUACAUGAUACAGCAUCUUUAUCUGUGUCUGCAUUACAACCACACUUCAUGCUUCUA